AAUUUUUGUCAGGGAUGAUCUUUUGGUUUUGCAGUAUGGCCGGCAAGUUUUCAGUUUGUUUGAAGAAAUACCUUGCAUGCGAUACUCCCUGAAUGUAGAAGACACCCAUGUGCUACUUGAGGCUAAUAUCACUGUGGACGCUGUGAGAUAACAUUUCGGGCUGCAAUCAUGGAUCCUUUCGUCCAGGCUUUCAACGAUGAGCUGGGGUCCAUCACGGAUACAAAGCCUCCGGUAUCUCGUGCUAAAAUGACGGCUAUCACCAAGGCAGCUCUCAAAGCCAUAAAGCACUACAAGCAUGUUGUGAUGUGCGUGGAAAAGUUUAUAGCUAAGUGUCGUCCUGAAUAUAAACUACAAGGGCUGUAUGUUAUUGAUGCUAUCCUGCGACAAUCUCGUCACCAGUUCGGUGGCGAUAAGGAGGUGUUUGGGCCGAGAUUUGCCCGUAACCUUUCCAGCACGGUACAACAUGUAUGGAAAUGCCCUCCCGAACAGCAGCCUAAAAUUGAACGAGUAUUACAUUUGUGGCAGCGCAAUUCCAUUUAUGAUCAAGUCACUCUUGAGCCAUUGUUUUCAAUUAUUGGAAAACCUGCUGCAUUCAGUGAUAACAACCAGCAGGCCCAGCCAGCGCCAUCAAGUAGUAGCACGGAUGCGGAAGCUCUACGGGCUAUGCAGGCCAAGCAGGAGGAGCAGUUGAAACAGCUGCAAGCUCUGCAAGAGCAGAUUGCUGCACAGCAACACCAGCAGCAACAGCAUCAGCAGCAAAGUGGCUCCAUGACUGUCACGGACAUGCAGGGUGUGGAACACCCCCCGGCGGCGGCACCUCAGCAGCAGCAACCCCCUACCACCACUCUCUCGUCCUUUGGCCAGCCAUCAUCCAGUAGUGCUGCUUCCGGUCCUCAUUUGUAUGAGCCUCGACAUGGUGAUGACCCAUUCACGUUUCAAACGCAGGGUGCACGUGGCCAUGGACCCCGUUCUGCUGCUGCCACCACUGCUAGUAAUAGUGAUGUGCAUGGUAAUCAUCAUCAUCCGCGGCAGCAGCAGCAGCAGCCGCAGGAACGCGUUCGUGACGACUACCCAUCCUGGCAGCAGCGGAGCUCUUCGUCACGCUGGUCUCCGCCACCUUCAGACCAACCAUCAUGGCAGCCGCGUGAGCAGCAGCAGGAGCCUCAGCAACAGUCCACCAACAGUUUAACUCCAGCACUCAACCCGAGUGACUUGUUACGUGCAGCUACGAGUGCACCAGGCGCAUUGUCUCGCGAGUCUAGAGACAUGCAAGCUACUUCUGCAAACAGCUCUGCACCAGGCGUACAUCACCAGCACUCUCAUCGAGGCAGUGGAAGUCUGUUUGAUGAUUUCGACUAUGGCGAUGAUGAGGAUGAGGAUGCACGUCUUGCUGAGCAACAGCGCCGCAUGGAGGCUGACCAACACCGACUGCAGUCGAAUACGAGCGAUGACAAAGAGACUGAUGCCGAGGCCGCAAGCAGGUGGCCAACAGUGGAGGAGCAACGUUCAAGUUGGCAGGCCUUUGUGGCGGGCGGCGACACACGGGGUAGGGAUAGUGACAGAUCCUGGAAUAAAGCACCUCCUCCUGACAGACAGGGUUCGGGACUAAGGCCUAUCACUUCUGGCAUGUCCUCAACCGCUCAACGGCAACUACAGCCACAGCAGAACCGUGCUCCGCCAGCCGUGGCAUCCAAAGCACAGAUGGAGAUUGAUGCUCUGUGGGAGAAGGACCCAGCCAGUGAGCAAAGGGAGCGAGAGCGUGCUGCCCAGCGGUCUACCAGCAUAAAUAACAACCGGACGUCGAGCACGACUGCGACAUCAUCUUCAGCAUCCUUGAGCACCACCACCAGCACGUUAUCUAGAUCCAGCAGGUGGUCAAACACCUCUCCCGAGCGCCACUGGUCUGAUAGUCCCUCCAAACCUAGAGCAUCACAGCUGGCUGACAACAUUGAACGGGAGCAAGAGGAGCAGUUGAUGAGACAACAGAAAGGCUUCCCAUCACCUCGACCCAACAUGGUGACAGUGUGUAGCCGCACACUGUUUGUUGGACGCCUUGCCAAGUCUGUGACUGAAGCCACACUGAAUGAGGAGUUUAGCCGGUUUGGGCCUGUGGAGAGUGUUGAGAUGAUAUUUGCUCGAGGAUGUGCUUUUGUGUGCCUUGCUACCCGUUCCGUUGCCGUGGAAGCUCUUGCAAAUUGCCAUCGCCUCGUUAUCCACCGGCAAUCUGUGAAAGUAAGCUGGGCUACCGGCAAGGGCAUCAAAGGCAAUGAGGUGAAGUCUUUCUGGAAUGUCCAGCUUGGAGCUUCCUACAUACCCUGGGAGAAGGUCAAUGAUGACUCGGUCAGUCUCUUCAGCUUGUCAGAUGGCUGCGUCAUUGAUCCAACCACCCUUCCACCGGGAAAGUUUAUCAGUGACUUACCACAGGCGCCGGUGGCCGUUGACAGUGAUGAUGCAGGCACACAGUCUGAUGCUCAGCCGUCUAAUUCCAUCCUAACAUCAUUGGCACCACAUCCUCAAGCUACCUCGAGCUCAGGUCUGAUGCCUAUGGCCCCGCCACCCUUCUCAAUGGCCCAAGCCGCUGCAGCCGCAGUGGCAGGAGGCUUUCUACCUGGAGCAUCGGGCAAACCGACUUUGCCAGCAGUCAACGCAUCAACCGCAUCAACAGCAUUGCCAUCUGUGCCAGCUUCGGUGACAUCUCAUGCAACUACCACAGCAGCACCUCCGCAUCCUGCACCAGGAUUACCAACACCGGCUAAUGUAGCCGGAGCACCUCGACUGCCUCCUCAACUUACACCCGGUGGGCCUCUGCCAUUGCCUCCAAAUUUCCCUGUACCUCCAGGUGGCUUGCCACACCUUUCAGGCCUGCCACCACCACCAUUCCCAGGUGGCAUUCGCCCACCUCCGCCGAUACCUGGUACUGGACAAGCAGCACCUCCUCGAGGUCCCGGUGGAUUGCCACUGCCCCUAGGUGUGAAUGGCCCACCCGGAAUACGACCCCCAGGCCUGCCACCGCGUCCUGGCAUGCCACCUGUUCCGGGUAUGCCACCCAGACCGGGUAUGCCACUGGGACCAGGUAUGCCACCGGGACCAGGCUUACCACACCCGCCUGGUCUACCUCCACCACCUGGCCUGCCACUUCCACCUGGUCUGCCGCCGCAUAUCCGUCCAGGUAUGCCACCGGGUCUCCCACCUCCAUUCCCGAACCGCCUUCCACCGCCCCUUCUGGCUUCACCGGAUCAACGGGGCAACAUUGGGCCGGGGUCAGAUCAGCAUGCAGGACCUCGUCCACGGCCUCUCUUGCCAGGGUUGCCUUCAUCACCACACGCAGGUGGCCCCGGACCCAGCAGAUUUCCGCGACCUGGCUUACCCCCACACGCUGACCAUCAUCCAGACCAGCAUGCGUCCGCAACAGGUAGUGAUCGUCCAGGAGCAGCAGGUGAAGGUGAACAUCGUGCAGACAGGCCUGGACGUCAUGAUAGCGAAGACUUUGACAUACCUCCAGAGCUAAGGCCGCGCCCUGGUGUGCCCUUGCCUCCCGGUUUGGCUCAGCACUUGUCAAAGAUAGCUGGUGCUGGCGAAGGCUUCCCUGGUGCAUUUGGAGACCGAGUGCCGCCGGCGAUCCGACCUGAGUUAUCUGGAUUUGAACAGAGCUCUGAGCGUCAUCCUGGUGCCGCUCCUGGAGAUGAUCGCAGCAACAACAACAACAGUGGCCGUAGUAGAUCUGCUUGGGGCGACGCUGCAUCACCAGGCCACCGAGACCAUGGGCCCGGACGAAGUAGAGGUCGAGAUUUUGACAACAGUGACGAUGCUAGUGAGGGACCCGGUUUCCGUGGUGGACGUUCUGCCAACCGAUUCAAUAGUAGUGGCAGAGGAGAUGAUUCUUCUGGCAGGUACGGUGCAAGUGAUUCCCGUGACUCUAGGUAUGCCGAUGGUGACUCUAGAGACAACGGUGGUGGUAGGCAUUCUGAUCGGGGUGGUGACCGAAGUGAGCGCGGUGCACGCGCUGAUCGCGCUGAACAUGACGACCGUGACAAGUAUGAGCGUGGUUCUCGGCGACGGGAUGACUAUGAACGUGGUGAUCGCAGUGGAGGUGACCGCGGUGGAUCUGAUCACAGGGGUCGCAAUCGUAGCCGUGAGCGAGACAGAGACCGAAACCGGGAUCGUAGCCGUGAUCGAAGUCCUCGUGACCGACCUGCCAAGGACUCCCGCACUAGUGGUCGCGGCGAGCGUGGCGGCAGUCCUAGCCGACGGGAUGGUUCACCAGCCGGUGCCGAGCGUCGACGUGACCGUAGCUACAGUCGUGAGCGCAGUCCGGACACCACCUCAUCACGACGACGCAGAUCACCGGAGCAGCAGCGCAGCAGUCGCAGUCGGCGCGGUGGUGGCGAUGGUGACGAUGACCGCCGCAGCAGCAGACGCCACCACCGCCGAUCUGCCUCGCCACGCGACCACGAUCGCAAGUCUGAUUCUAAACAUCGCCAUAGUCGAUCCUCAAGUACCCACCACCACAAUGCAAAGAGUGAACGAGAUGAAGCAGUAAAGGGUGAAGAUGGUUCUGGCCCUGUGCCAGAGGAACCGGCCACCUCGGAAAAUUCCAAGACUGCGAAGUCGGAGGACUAGUCCUAGUACUGCAGAGAAAGUGGUGUGCUCGUGUCAGCGAAUGUCAUACAGCGUGUGUAUUGUAGUGUGCCCAUGGCUGAGCUCCUGGCCAUUCAAAGGUGGUCCAACUUUUUUAUAUAAUGCCUGCGCGGGUCGAUGUUCACCCCUGACAUGGUUUCGUCAGCAUCUUUGAUAAUGUGCACUCUCGUAUGGCACAAGGCGUGGAAGUGGUCCUAUCCAACCAAUGCGCCGGUAUUUUCAAUUAGUUUACUGGUUGGUGCGGUGAUUUUUUUACCUCGCGCUACCCUUUGCUGUGUGCGGUGGUAGGUUCCAACACCACAUCCAAUUAGCUGUAGAUAUACAGGAUGUACUGCGUAUGUAAUAUUGAGGAAGAACUGCUAUCGGUAUGUGACUGUGCACGUUGCACGUGUGUGUGCGUAAUCGCCGCAUCGGGUUUGUUGACGUCCUCGCACUUUAUGAAGUGCUUUCUUCUCACAGUGCGUGUGCAGCUGCUGCUGUGCUGUACAUGCAGCCAUCUGGAAUUUUCUACAUUUAGCCUCGUUAGUAAAAUUAGCUCACUGCCAGGUGCGUUAUGGCUGUGCCGUGAAUCUCACCGGUUUGGCUGUCUUGUACUGUUUUACAAUGUACCCGCAUGCCACGUACGUCCGGGUGUGUUUGCUCAGAUAAACAUCCAGACAUUUCUUUUCUUUUUCAUGUGACUCUUCUCCUUUUAUACAAUCAUAUUGUUUUGUUGCUGGGCUGGGUCCUGGGCCUGGCUUCAGUGGUGGUUCUGCACGUUGCUAGUCACUGAAUGUGAUACUUUCUCUCUCUGUGUCACAGGACACGCCGGAGUGCGCAUUCUUCUGUUGUCAUUUCUAGGCUUGUUUUAGUUUGUUUCUGUGUGGCGUCUUGUUUGUCGUCGUUCUGGUCCUGACGCUGCUGGUCAUAUCCAUUUCUUUGUGUUGUUACUUUUUACUUUUUGUAGUGUUCUGUUCGCAAGACUGGCAUGCCAGUCGGGUCUGUACUUUCUUUGUCUGUUCCUCUGUACUCCUUCGAAAUAUUAAUUGCUGGCCGUUUG